GCGCGCAUGGCGUGCUCUUCGUGGAGCGAGGGUGUAUCUGAGGAGCUGUCCGUUUCAGAACGGUUUAGCUAUGAAUGGAAAUCUGCUUUUCAACCAAGGUUACUACGUCAACCUACUCAUUGCAGAAAAAAGGGGUUGACCAGCAGCGAAUGUAAACACGGCUGCUCGGCGGCUGUAUCAGGAUUCUGCUGCAUCUUAUAUAAUUAGCAUUCAUGUAAUGGCAGGGACUGAAAAGAAGCUGAGCAUUGCAGCAUGGCGAAGAGGCCUGCCAAUCAUCCUCCAGCUUACUAACCCUCACCAAAUGGACCCAUUUUGUUUCAUUUGGGGUUAGGAGGUUUAGGAUAAGAGCACUAGUACUAUCAAAGACCAAAAGAAUAAUAAAAAUAGACAAAAGGCUCCACUGAGGCCAGUGUGGGGACCAUGUCUACGUCAGGCAAGAUCCUGCACCUGUAUGUGGAGGUGAGGUCUGUCCCGGGGGAGGAAGGUAAGAAGCUGGGAGCUGGUGUGGAGGGGAUGCACCCACUAGUGCUCCAAGGGCCUGACAUCCUACCUCUGUCCCAGCACACCCCCAGCCACUCUACCUCCACCUCUACCUGUACCUGCACUUGCCCCUCCACCUCCACCCCCAGCCCAGCCUCCAUGUCCCCAGGGGUGUUGCAUAAAGAUGGGGGCAGCAGUCCCAGCCUCACCUCCAAGUCCUCCUCCAGACAAUCUGUCAGUUUCCAGCUGGACCUACCAGACAACUCCGGACCACCCACACACCAUGGGCAGAGUCUGCCUUACGAGGGGAUUGGUCAUCUGCUCUCCACUCUCCAGCCUGCACCCAAUGGGCCGCAGCAUGGCAGUCUGGUGCUCGCCCGCUCCUCAGACAUUGAGCACUACCACAGGAGGGUGCCCCUAUCCCCUGCCUCCUCUGGGAGAAUAACGUCCCCCUCGACUCCAACCAGUGGGCGCAGGUCCUACGAUGGCUCUGGUGUGGGGGACGAGGGCAAGUGCUCUGUGGUCAGCUUUAGCUACAUAGAGAAAGCCAGCAUUAAGUCUGUGGACAGCCCCCGCAGUGCUGUGUGCCAAAGUGUACUUGAGAACCCUUUCUCUAGAGCCGUGGAGGAGGGGUAUAUGCCUGCCCACCUUAGGAAGAGGCUCAGUGACCCUGUGUGGUCGGACAGCUCCGGUAGCUCCAGCCCCAAACUGUCCUGUCCCACCUCGGGCAGGUCUCCCAGGACCUCCCCCUGCCUCCGCAGGGCCACUCUGGACACUGUAGCCAGAGAGGCCACCUACAGGGCCAUGGAGGAAUUUGGCUCCCCGGAACUGAGGCGCAGACUGGCGGCCUACAGCCCAGACAGAAGCCCCAGCCUGCCUCGGUACUACCAGCAGCAGCCCCGCUGCCAGUCCUGGGGUGGGUCCCCGGUACUGCCUAGGGGUGCCAAAACGCUGCCAGUCAAUGCACACCUCAUAGACUCUGAUAGGAACCAUGGUUUGAAUGGCCUCCCCAGAAGCCCAGCUUCUCACCAGCUCUCUGUUCAAGCCAGGCAGUCCUACUACAACUACACCAUGUCCCCUUCCAGUGUUAGCUGCCACCAUGGUGUCCAGAACCACAGGCUGUGGCAAGGGGACGAGAGUCCCAGGCUGUCCUCAAAAUGUGGGGACCACAGCCCCAGGUUGUCCUGCAAGUUAGGGGAUGAGAGUCCCAGGUUGUCCUGCAAGUUUGGGGACGAGAGUCCAAGGUUGUCUUCCAAGUUUCGCCCACCAUUACCUUCAGGCAGGCCUACUGCAAUUCAGCAUGAAAUACCAGCAAGCAUGAUUACCAGCACCCCAACCUCUUGCGACCAGAGGGCUAGCAGCCGCACUCCUAGCGAUAGCCCCUGCUUACCAAACAAGGUCAACUCCAAACAGUCAGGUCAGUCAAAUGACAGCAAGCUGGGAGAGGGAAUGAACCAGACGAGUGACAGAAGAAGUAUCUCCCCGGCCACUAGCCCUCACAUGGCCCGUAAGCUGGCAGAGGACACUACCAAGCUGUCCACUAUCUUCAUGGACAGGAGGACUCCCUCCCCCACUCCGUCCCAGGCUAACUCCACCAGGUCAGAGAGCCCCAAGUCUGGCUACAUCUCCAGGGAGUCUCAAUCCUACGCCACCCUCCACGGCCAGGGUUCUCCAGCACAGCCCCACCCUGAAGCUAACACCCACACACACUUACAGGACCAUAGGUGGACAGACAAGGAGUCUCUUAGAGCUGGACCCCACUCCAGAGAGUCUAGACCAGGUCAAAGACAGGGGCAAGCCUCCCCCCUCCUACUGCAGAAGGGAAUCUCCUCCCCUGCUAUGCCAGCUACGCUGCACCUGGUGGUAGCGUCCCACACUCCUAUCAUAGACCCUCAGCUGCAGAGAGCUGAGCUGCUGACGAAAGACAGCCCCACCCUGCACCGCCACCAGCCCCCGCAGUACAUGGGAGACCGGGGCUCCCCCAGCCUGGAGAGGAGACCGUAUGACACCCGCUUUGACAGAGGAGGUCCGAGGGACAACCCGGCGAGCAGCAGGCGCCUGAUUAUAGGACUUGACAUGGAGCCGCCAGAGAGCUGGAGCUCCAGGAUGCAGCAGUGGAGGGAGAAUGGGUCCGUUGCAGACAGGGAGGAGUCCAAUAGUGAGAGUCCGACUGCUGAUGGUGAUGAAGUGUAUGUGGUGACCAAGGAGGAGCUGCAGCAGAGGAGGGAUGGAGCAGCUGUGUUGGGGUAUAAACAUGGGGUAAUCAGGGAGCAGAGGGGGGAGACCCAGGACCAUAGUGGGGCACUGGGGUCUUCCCAAAGCUCCAGUGGAGUGACAGGCAGUCUGGGGGAGAGCACUCAGCCAGAGAGGGACUGUCUCUCUCCAGAGACAUCCAGCCAGUCCAGCCAGAAGAGCAAUGACACUGAAGAGACAGCUUCUGGGAUGCAGUCGGAAAGCGGUUCCUCUGUUCUGGGCCCAUCCUUGCACUCCCAGAAGAUUGCCCGUGCCAAAUGGGAGUUCCUGUUUGGACAGCCCAUAGAGGACAGCCAUGAUUCUAAAGACUCCUCUCAAGCCCCCCUGAGUGGGACCUCCAGUGAGUCUCCCUUGCCCACCUCCUCCCUGCUCCUGAAGCCCACAGGUCACUGGAGGGGAUGGGACGAUGAGAGUCAGAGUUUAUCCUAUCACGAUGUCCAGCAGGUGGUGGAUUUGGUGACUCCGCCCCCGGUCACUGUGGUUGGCUUCUCGCCCAAGACGGGUAUCAUCCGGAGAGCCAUCAACUACGCUGAGACGGACUUAGAUGCAGUGCCCCUGAAAUGCUAUAGGGAAACAGACCUAGAUGAGGUGAUAUUGGCUGAGAGAGAGCAGGAGGAGGUGGACUCUGCCUUUGGGAGUAACCGCAGUGUGCUCGGCACCUCUGCCUCCAGCGCCAGUACCAUAGUACGUACUGACGGAGAGGAGGACGAGCUGGAGGAGGACGAGCUGGAGGAAGAGGAGGAGGUGGUGAGCUGGGCCAGUGUGAGGAUGCAGGGGGAUAAGAAGAGACAGCAUGCCACCCAGGAGGACAAUCAGGUGUACAGUCUGCUGCUGAAGGGUUGUCCCCUGGACCACAUAUCGGAUGCCCAAUCAGCCCUGAAGUCCCCCAUCUCAGUGUUCAGCCCUCGCAGGACCUCAGUGGACAGCCUGGACUCUUUCAGCCGCCACUUCGAAAGGAUCAUGGAGUCUCACCGAGCCAAGGGCACCUCCUACAGCAGCCUGGACAGCGUUGACCUCUUGACCUCCAGCGGCCCGCCCAUAUUCACCUUUGACCUGCCCACCCUCACCCCUGAGAUCCAGAGCCAAAUUUGUGAGAGUGCGCGUCAUAUCAUCGAGCUGAGUUUUGCCCCCUUGGCCCAUCCAGAGCUCCCUAGUGUGUCUGACCCCACCUGCUCUGAGAACACCCUGGCCCCCACAGGAGAGGGGCUCAGCAGCACCUCUGAGCAGGAUUAUACUUCAGGAGGGAAGUCCCGGUUGGAGAAAGACUGCUUGCGAACUAACUUAGACUUGCCUCUCAUCAGGGAGAAGCCAGGCCACUGGGCUCCAGACCCGUUCCCACAGCAGGAUGUGGGCGAGCGCUUGGCCCUGGGCAGCACCGAGGCCCUGGCCAACGGCAACAAGGCUGACCUGCAUGCCGCUAAGCGUCUAGCCAAACGCCUCUUCAACCUGGACGGCUUCAGGAAGUCGGACGUGGCCAGGCACCUGAGCAAGAAUAAUGAAUUCAGUCGGAUGGUGGCAGAAGAAUACCUCACUUACUUCAACUUUUCAGGCCUUACUAUUGACCAAGCGCUAAGAGCCUUCCUGAGGGAGUUUGCCCUCAUGGGAGAGACACAGGAGAGAGAGCGAGUGCUGGCCCACUUCUCUAGGAGAUAUCUACAAUGCAACCCCAAUACAAUACCUUCUGAAGACAGUGUCCACACUCUGACCUGUGCCCUGAUGCUGCUCAACACAGACCUGCAUGGCCACAAUAUCGGCAAGAAAAUGUCCGUCCUGCAGUUCAUCGGCAACCUGGAAGGGCUAAAUGACGGGAAGGAUUUUCCCAAGGAACUGCUCAAGGCCUUGUACAACUCUAUCAGAAACGAGAAGCUCCAGUGGACCAUCGACGAGGAGGAGUUGCGCAAGUCCUUCUCCGAGUUGGCCGAUUUGCGCACUGACUCCACCUCCCACACCAUGAAGCGAAUCGGCAGUGGUCUAGGCGUGGCCCAGAAUCCUGACGCCCUGAUCUAUAAGAACGGCUUCCUGGUACGGAAGGUCCACGCAGACUCUGACGGCAAGAAAACGCCUCGAGGUAAGAGAGGAUGGAAGACGUUUUAUGUCAUGCUGAAGGGACUGGUCCUCUACCUGCAGAAGGGAGAGUACCGUCCAGAAAAGCAGCUAACUGAAGAGGAUCUGAAGAACGCUGUGUCCAUCCACCACUCUCUGGCCAUGAGGGCAGCAGACUACAGCAAGAGGCCCAACGUCUUCUACCUGCGCACUGCAGACUGGAGAGUGUUCCUCUUCCAAGCACCUAAUGCAGAGCAGAUGCAGUCGUGGAUCACCCGUAUCAACGCGGUGUCAGCCAUGUUCUCAGCGCCACCCUUCCCUGCAGCCAUCGGCUCUCAGAAGAAAUUCAGCCGCCCGCUGCUGCCAGGCUCCAACACCAAGCUGUCUCAGGAAGAGCAGGUGAAAUCCCAUGAGACACGUUUCCGGGCCAUCUCCUCUGAGCUGAAUGAGUUAACCGCUGUAAUUCCAGACAAAAAGGCCAAAGUUCGUGAUCUGGAGGAGCACAAGCAACGUGAGGAGUACCUGGAGUUUGAGAAAACUCGCUACGGUACGUACGCCAUGCUACUGAGGGCUAAGAUCCGGAGUGGGGAAGAGGACCUGUCUCUGUUCGAGUCGCGUCUCUUUGACGACGGGGGUCUCCAGAGGGCCCACUCCAGCCCCACUCUGCGGGAGGAACACAGCAGCAGCAGCAAAGCCAGCAGUGCCAAGAGGGGGGGGCAGCAGCAGUAGUUCCAGCACCAGGGGGAGCAGCAAGACCAAGCGCUCUGAGCCCCGAAGAAACAGCUACAGGAAGGCUGUCAAACAGUGAGAGGGACCCUGGAGGUUGUUGCGGUGGACACGAUGGCUUAAACAAUUGGAUUAUCUGUGUUGAUCGAUAGACAGGGACCACUGGUGUGGCUGGAAAAUGAGAUGGAGGAGGAAGAUGAUGGGGGAUAGACCUGUUGCAUGCUUCUAUCCCGAGAAACCACAGGCACUGGAUGCUCCAGGGCACUCAGUCCUUCAUUUUACUAUACACAUGACUAACUUCUGUGUGGUCCUAAAUUCUGGGUCAUAUCCACAUUUAUUUUAUUUGAACGUGCUUUUGGACCAAUUGUUGUUGACAGAGAUCUAAUGAUGACAUGGACUUAUGCCAUUAGAUCUGAUUAUGUUGAGAGUCGUAGGUUAUUUUCCUCCCACGAGAGUUCAGUAUCUCCAUAAAUUACAUCUAUGCGAUUACUGCACACAGCCCACCUCCUCCCUCCACGUGUAAAGUGAGUUGCCGUGCCGACCAGCUAGGAAUGACAGAGACAGGGCUGCAUCAGCUCAUUUGACUGUUACCAUGGAGACUAAACGGAGCCCGGGGUCAUUCCGUCCGACCAGAGUGCCAGAACCUCAACCCAACCACAAUGCAUUUGGAGGAAACUGGACGAACGCUGGGCUCUUCACGAGAGACAUGAUCAAUUGGAAAGAAUACAGCAGGUUACUGGACAUAAUUUAUGAUGCUGCAUGCACAUACAAAAAAAAAAAUAUCCAAAGUCUUUGCUAUGAUUUUGUUAUUCUAAGGACUUUUAUUGUGGCAAACUGAACUGGCCCAGAGCCAGGCCUUUCUUCUACUGCAACUGUGAAGCUCUGCUGGAUCUCAUUAUCAUUUCUAAGGACAUUUACACACAUCAGCUAUGGCACCGCCACUAAUCCUUCAGUGUUUUGUCAUACUAAUGGCUUGAUGAAGUAGAUUGAUCACACAGACUGGCUGUCUAUCGGGUUGAAUGAAGUUAAGAGUAGGAGGACUGCAUGCGUACGAGGAGAUGGAAGACUCACACAAGAGGACAUGCUUCGCUAUGGUAUCAAAAGACAAUCCCUUUUUUUUUCUUAUGUUAUUCACAUGGUGAUUUUCAUUUGUGUAAGUGAAAAAAAUGAAACAUGACAGAAGGCUUAUUUUACAGUACAUCUCAGCUGUAGGUCAAAUGUCUCUACAGGAACAACUCAUCAGAUAAUUGAUGACGAAUUGAUUUAAAUGUUGGUUGAAUGUUGAUUUAAAUUCAGUAUCGUGAAUUGUAAUGAGGAAAGAAUAAGGCACUGCCUGCCUACCACACCUAAUCCAGUAUACACUGAGUGGACAAAACAUUAGGAACACCUUCCUAAUAUUGAGUUGCACCGGCUUUUGCCCUCAGAACAGCCUCAAUUCGUCGGGGCAUGGACUCUGCAAGCAAGGUGUUGAAAGCAUUCUACAGGGAUGCUGGCCCAUGAUGACCCCAAUGCUUCCCGCAGUUGUCAAGUUGGCUGGAUGUUCACGGUUGAGUGUUAAAAACCCAGCAGCUUUGCAGUUCUUGACACAAACCGGUGCACCUGGCACAUACUACCAUACCCCGUUCAAAGGCAUUUCAAUAUUUUGUCUUGCCCAUUCACCCUCUGAAUUGCACAUACACAAUCCAUGUCUCAAUUGUCUCCAGGACUAAAAAUCCUUUAUCCUGUCUGUUCCCCUUCAUCUUCACUGGUUGAAGUGGAUUUAACAAGUGACAUCAAUAAGGGAUCAUAGCUUUCACCUGGUCAGUCUGUCAUGGAAAGAGGUGUUCCUAAUGUUUUGUACACUCGAUGUAUACGCAUAAAAGAAUGUAACGUGUAAAUACAGUGAGCUCCAAAAGUAUUGGGACAGUGCAUUUUUGGGCUCUGUACUCAAGUACUAUGGAUUUGACAUGAUACAAUGACUAUGAGGUUAAAGUGCAGACUGUCAGCUUUAAUAUGAGGUUAUUUUCAUCCAUACAGGGUGAACCGUUUAGAAAUUACAGCACUUUUAUUUAUUUUUUUUAACAUAGUCCUCCCCAUUUUAGGGGACCAAAAGUUUAGGGACGUUCUAGUCUAUUAAAGUAGUAAUUAAAAGUUAAGUAUUUGGUCCCAUAUUCAUAGCACACAAUGACUGCAUCAAGCACAAAUACAGUAUCAUAGUCCCAAGACAUGCUAACCACAAACCAUUACAAUAACAGGGGAGGUUAGCAUUUUAUAUCAUACUCCCAAGACAUGCUAACCACAAACCAUUACAAUAACAGGGGAGGUUAGCAUUUGAUAUCAUACCCCCAAGACAUGCUAACCUCUCACCAUUACAAUAACAGAGGAGGUUAGCAUUUGAUAUCAUACCCCCAAGACAUGCUAACCUCUCACCAUUACAAUAACAGAGGAGGUUAGCAUUUUAUAUCGUACCCCCAAGACAUGCUAACCUCUCACCAUUACAAUAACAGGGGAGGUUAGCAUGUCUUGGGGCGGUAUAUUUGUGUGUCAAACAUUCACGAUUCAUUCAGGAUUAUCCGUAAUUAUGGUAGCAUCCACAUUCAUGUAAGUGUUUAGAAAGAUUAUAUUCUUAUUUACAAUAAAAGUGACUCACAUUACACCGCAUUAUUUACCAUUCAAUACUGUUGGACUGUGUACAAAAAGUGCUGUAAUUUCUAAAUGGUUCACCCGAUAUGGAUGAAAAUACCCUAAAAUGAAAGCUGACAGUCUGCACUUUAACAGUCUGCACUCAUAGUCAUUGUACCAUUUCAAAUCCAAAGAACUGGAGUACAGAACCAAAACAACAACCUCACUCCCAAUACUUUUGAGCUCACUGUGUAUAAUGUCAUGCCGUGGCAUAGCCAUUUUCUUCUCAGGCUGGCAGUGUGGUCUGUAAACCAGUGUAGUAAUGCCACCAUAUGGUCACCAGAGCUUGCUGUUCCAAUGGGAAACGAUGGCCGCAGGUUGUACUGUAUGAGUAACAGGAGUGUGUGAUAGUUAUCGGGGUGUCAUCUGAUCACUGCUUCCCCCCCCAAUGUUAAAAUUUGACCAAGGUGAUGUGAAACAUGAUUCCGUGCGUGAGGACCCCCACUGCAAACGGAAUGAGAUGAUUAUGUUGAGUUAGGCAUCCGCACAUAUGGCUAUUUGAAUAAAACCACAAAAUGGCAGAAAUGUGUUAGUGUAACUGUGAUGAGUGCCCUUGCCUCAAACCUGAAGAACAUACGUUUGCCUCAAACUAUUAUCUAGGCUUUAGCUCAGUGGGCUAACAGUCUUGUUGCACAGAGGACACGGUUCAAACUCAGUUGGUCACAUUUAGCAACGUUGGCGGUCAGUGUAAUUCUACAGGGACCAUGACAGGGUGAGGCAUGAUAUGUGCAAUCAUGCAGAAUGUCACAAUCACUUUUGGGUGUGUCUCUUCCCCCCCCAGUGUAAAUAUGUGAGGUGGUAUGGUGAGAGACCAUGGAUAGACAGAAUUACAAGCCAGAGUAGGGCUUCUGUGAUAUAAAAACAGGGGUUAUAAUGUGUCACACCAUUUUUCACUUUGGCUUAGAUAUUCUACUUCAACAGUAGGCCCUAUUUUUCUGCUUAUCAGUCAACUUGGUCUUGAGUAUUUGUCAUUGUCAACAAAAUAUAGAAAAUAAAGUAUACUGCUUCAUGUAGAGGUUUUUACUGGACCUCAUAGACGCUGCAUCUGAAUGCUAAAAUGUAACUUUCUUUAAUUUCCCAUUAGCUGUACAUAUUGUCAAUAACACAUUAAGAUUUUGCUCUCUGUGAAAUAUACUAAAUGGUUUGUAUGUUUGAGGCAGAGGACAAAAAUAAACAUUUUGAAAAGA